CUUCUUCUUCUUCUCUCUCUCCAACUCUAUAAACUACACUUCCUUCCUCACUUCUCGGAUCCUGGUUCUGUCUGAAUCUGAGGUCAACCUUUUUUUUUUUUGAAAAAAUCGUUGGAGAUGGACCCUCCGCUAGUGAACGAUUCAUCCUUCUCCCCAGCGAAUCCAUCAUCUUACACUCUCUCCGAGAUUUGGCCAUUCCCCGUAAACGACGCCGUUCGCUCCGGUCUCCGUUUAGCUGUCAAUUCCACUCCCUCUGAUAAAGACGUCUCCACGGCUGCUGCUGCUGCUGCUGCUGCUGCGGCGGCGGGGGAGGAAUCAACGGUCACGGACUUAACUGCAGGAGGCUGGGGAGGGAGAAAGGGUCGAGCUUUGAACUCGGAGGAGGACGAAUCUUCCAAGAUGGUUUCUUUAAGCAGCAGCGGUAAUGAAGUGAAAGACUCUGGGGAAAAGAAAAGGAAACUUUGUGGAUCUGAAAAUGGGAAUGGUGACGGUUCAAUGAGACCUGAAGGCGAAACGAGUUCAGGUGGUGGAAGCAAAGCAACUGAACAGAAGAACAAACCUGAGCCACCAAAGGACUAUAUCCAUGUCAGAGCAAGAAGAGGACAAGCUACUGACCGGCAUAGUCUAGCUGAGCGAGCUAGGAGAGAAAAGAUCAGUGAGAAGAUGACAGCUCUUCAAGAUAUAAUCCCAGGUUGUAAUAAGAUAAUAGGAAAAGCCCUUGUGCUAGAUGAGAUUAUCAACUAUAUUCAAUCAUUGCAGCGGCAAGUUGAGUUUCUGUCAAUGAAGCUAGAAGUGGUUAACUCUGGUCCAAGCACUGGUCCAACAAUAGGAGUUUUUCCCACAGGAGAUCUGGGGACUUUACCGAUUGACCUCCAUCGAAAUAUAUAUGAGCAACAAGAAGGCAACGAGUCCCGGGGAUCACACCCAGAGUGGCUCCAUAUGCAGGUUGAUGGGAGCUUUAACCGAACCACAUGAAAAAGAAAAAAAAUCUCUUCUUUGUAGGCAGUAAAGGAUGAAUGAAAUCUUUCAAUAUGUGUGUCUGUUAAAAAGUCACCUUGUAUUGUUAUAUCAGAGAGAUGAUUUAACACUUUAUAAAAAAAAAAAAGACAACAUUGUUGUAUUCUUGUCUGUUAUGACUUGUAACAAAUGAUUCAGUGACACAAAGAGAUCUCAUAUC